AACUGGCAUUGCAGUGAGUGGAGGAAAAUAGGCCAAUGCGGACACUCAUAUGUUCUGAUUCAAGUUCAUCUUUAAUUACAAUUAAAACAUGUCAUUCAGAGAGCAGAGCAGAUAUAAUGAUUGAGAUUCUUCAAACAAUAUAUAGGAUCCAGAUGAUGGCAAUGUAUGUAGCUUUCUGUUGGGUACCAGCACAUGUGGGAGUAAAAGGAAUGAGUUUAGCAGACCAAUAUGCAAAGGAAGCAACAAAGAAAGUAGACAAAGAUAUGCAGUAUGGUAAGAGUGAAAUUAAGUGUUUAAUCAAGCAACGUGUGAAGAAUAGAUGGCAGAAAUAUUGGGAAGAAGAAAGAAUGGGGAGAUGGUUUUAUAGCAUUCAAAGAAUUGUUGGUAAGUACAGUGUAACGGAAAGAAAUAGACAGGAUGAAAAUAUCAUCUCAAGGCUUAGAUUUGGUCAUACUACUCUUAAUAGCAGUUUGAAGAAAAUGGGGAGACAUGAAACUGGAAAGUGUGAAUAUUGUUAUAUGGAGGAAAAUGUAGAGCAUGUUAUAAUGAAGUGUCCCAAGAUACAGAAAGGAAAGAAAGAUACUGAUUGAUUGCUUCAAGGAAAAUAAAGAAAAACUUAAUUUGAUGAACAUUUUGGGAAAUAAAUCAGGGUAUAAAAACUUUCAAUUUUUAAUGCAUUAUUUAAAGGACACAGGAGUAUAUAAUAGAAUUUAGUGAAGAUUAUGAUCCUGAUCCACACUCCUAAUCAGUAGGUGGCGGUAACGCACCCAAAAGGUAUGCCAUCCGCCAUUAAACUCCAAGAAGAAGAAGCUUUGCAUGGGAGCUUACCUACGGUCGAAUAGACCUCACUGCAAUUUGUUAGCAACUAUAGCUAGUACCAUUUGUGCCUCGUAUGAAGUCACUACUGUCCGUUUAAAUGUUUAGCAUUUUUCAGCGUAUAUCUGAAACUUUUACUUAAGAGAAUGCUAAACUUAACGAGUUUCUGUCAGCUACUUUAUACAUUAUGUUGAGAGAGCCCGUCUUUACUGUGUCAUUAUAAUGAGUAGUUAAAACUGUUUUUGUGUGUAAUCUGCAGUGGACCCAUGCUUCAGAGGAUAUGGUGGCAUUUUGUUAUGAUGGCCAGAACACUGGCACUGAGGCUGCAUUUCCUGGGCCAUUUGGAUGACCAGAUCCUUCCAUCACUGAAAGCAUGUGCUGGUAAGCGCCUGUCUUCUCCUGGUCUCCGAACCUCUACUAUCUGCUUUCCCACAUGUUCCAGCCUCAGUCCAAGGGGUGUAUGUACCACAGAACGAGACCCAAUGUUCCUUGCUGCUGGAUCUGUUCGCCCUUACCAGAAGCUCUUCCCCAGUGGAAGUGGUUUGUCUUUGUUGCACCACCUGACUUCUGAUGAGGACCACACCUUUAUAAAGCGACUCACCUCCUGUACUUCAUCUCAGCAAGUUCUUCGUCUCUUGCGAUCAUACCCUCUCCUCUCAGGUGCAGCAGCAGCAUCUAUACUUCACCGACUGGCAGACUUGGAGCAUGAUUCUGCAUGUGGCCUUCGGAAACCACAGAUACUGCUAUCAGAUGCAGGCCUUAAUGAACUUUGCCAAACACUGGAGCAUGAUUCAACCAAAUUACAGGAUGAGGUAUUGGUUAGAGCUCUCCUGGGCUGUACACGUCUCUACCUUGACCCCCAGAGCCGCUUAGUGGUAAGGCUGGUGUUUGAAAGUCAAAAGAGACUGAAUUUGGAACGGCUCAGUGUUGAAGCGCUAUGUGGGUUAUCAAGGGCUUUAUUUGCAUUGGAAGGCCCUAACAGUGGCAUGAUAAAACAGGCUAUGGGUCAGCUUCAAAAUAAAGAUACAGCUCAAUGGAAUACGGCAGAGCUAGUUGCUGUUUACUCUAUGCUAGCAAAUGGUUUGGGUGAAGAUGGAUGCUAUCUGGAGCUUCUAAAUAAAAUGAAUACUCAGGCACUUCAAUUAGUGCAAAAAAUGGGCCCAGGGGCGAUAAGCGAAAUUCUAGGUGCUUUAUUCAAAUUGAGACAUAAGGAAGCAUUACCACUUGUAAUUGCACUUUGCAAGCAAGCUGUUCAUCAUGUUCAAAACUUUGCAGAUCCAGAACUGACUGUGGUGUUGUCAGCACUUAUGCACUAUGGACACAGUGACCACUUUCUUGUGGAAGCUCUUGAGCGCCAUGUGCCCAAGGUUGCCUUUACUGCUCAUGCAGAAACAGUAACCAAGGUGAUGCAAUUUUUCCGGCGAUGGCGCAUUCUUUCUCCACCUGUUUUUAACACUGUGGCUGAGAGUUUUGUGUAUCGUGCAGAGGAGUACUCGACGUGGCAGGUGUCACAACAGAUAGCUGCACUGGGAGUUUUGGGAUACCUGCCAUCUGAUGCUGGGAGGUUGUUCCGAAAGGUGGAGUCUGUUUUGCAUGCCCGGUUUUCCCAAUUUCAGCCCAGAGCCCUGCUAGACCUACUGUAUGCCUGUACCCUUCUACAGAGAUACCCACUUAACUUUGUCUCAAAAGUCUUCAGCCCUUACUUCAUGCAACAGCUACAGGGGGAGGAGGGCAGUGGGAUAGAUCACAGAGUGCUUGCACAGCUGACCCAACUUUACAUGACCGUAAAGCUUGAGUGUCCAUUUUAUGAUGGACCACGACUUUCGCCAAAGUUUCAAGUAAAGUCAUUUUUGGCUUCUCGGACAUCUUUGGAGACACCGGUGGAACCUCAUUUCUAUAAUGCGUGGUCCGCCCUGUGGGAUCUGCUGGGAGCUCAAUCUUACUUUGCUUCCAGAGUACUUACACCAUAUUGUUAUACGCUAGACAUUGAGAUAAAACUAGAUGAAGAAGGAUACGUCUUGCCUGCUUCGCAUACAGAUGAAGUCCAUAAAAGAAUUGCUCUCUGUAUUGAUGGGGUCCAAAGCGUUUUGCAGCAAACGCAGAGAAAACUACUAGGCAAGGAAGCCAUCAAGCAGCGUCACCUGAGGAUUCUGGGAUAUGAAGUUGUUCAGUUUUACUCUGUCUCUAGAUUUUCAUACUAUGAAUUUGAGAAACUGAAGGAUAAAAAAGAGGUUGUGGAAUAUCUGCACAGAAAGAUCUUUCCUCACAGCUACAGACUCAGCUGGUGA